GCCCAAAUCUCCGUAGUUUGUUCGUGACUGUCUUUGGAGUAAGAUCUCAGAUUAAACAAGCAGCAAGCAAAAAUGACUGGUCGUGGUAAAGGAGGCAAGGGACUCGGCAAAGGAGGCGCCAAGAGGCACAGGAAGGUGUUGCGUGACAACAUCCAGGGCAUCACAAAGCCAGCCAUCCGUCGUCUGGCUCGUCGUGGCGGCGUGAAACGUAUCUCUGGACUGAUCUACGAGGAGACCCGCGGUGUCCUCAAGGUCUUCCUGGAGAACGUGAUCCGUGACGCCGUGACUUACACCGAACAUGCCAAGAGGAAGACAGUCACUGCCAUGGACGUUGUCUAUGCCCUCAAGCGCCAAGGUCGCACAUUGUACGGUUUUGGUGGCUAAAUCCUUCAUCAUCUUCAUCAAUUCAACAAAAAAAAACGGUCCUUUUGAG